AACGCCUUCAACCUCGAGACGUGUGCUCGUCCCAACAUCCUGGCCCUCGAGCCCUACAGAUAUGAUGGCACAAAUAUUCUUCUGGACGCCAAUGAGAACGCCUAUGGUCCCGGGUUGGCAAUUGACAGUGCUUCUGGCAAGCUGAAGAAUGCCUUGAAUGGAGAUGCCAGCGUCGAGGUCGACCUUCUCGGCCUCAAUCGCUACCCAGACCCCCGUGCCUCAACACCUUCCACAAGUCCUAUACCUGACGAGACUCAACAGCNNCACCAACCUGAGCUCAAGCAACUGCUCUGCAACCUCCGCAAUACCCACACCCACACAGAAAAGAACUUGACUCCCGAAAACCUCUUCGUCGGUGUCGGCAGCGAUGAAGCCAUUGAUGCCCUUAUCCGCGCCUUCUGCACGCCCGGCAAAGACAAGAUCCUCACAUGUCCUCCCACAUACGGCAUGUACUCUGUGUCUGCCCAAGUCAACGAUGUCGCCGUCAUCAAAGCCCCGCUAGAUGUCAACAACAACUUUGCCCUCCAACCCUACCUGAUCAACGAGAUCCUCGAACGAGACGCCCACAUCAAGAUGGUAUACAUCUGCUCGCCAGGUAACCCAACCGCCAAUCUCGUCCGCAAGGAAGACGUCGAAGCUGUCCUCAAACACCCCUCAUGGAACGGCAUUGUCGUGCUGGAUGAAGCCUACAUCGAUUUCGCCCCCAACGGCACUUCUCUAGCCGAAUGGGUAAAUGACUGGCCCAAUCUCGUUGUCAUGCAAACUCUCUCCAAGGCCUUUGGUCUCGCUGGAAUUCGUCUAGGAGCUGCCUUCACCUCUCCACCCAUCGCCCGCCUCCUCAACUCCCNNCUCAAGGCACCCUACAACAUCUCAAACCCCACCUCUCAACUCGCUAUUGCUGCCUUGCAACCCAAGAACCUAGCUGUCAUGCGUCAGAACCGUGACAAGAUUAUUGCUCAGCGUGACCGUAUGCUCAAGGAAAUGCCUUCCAUCCCCGGUAUUGGCCGUUUCCGUGGCGGCGCAGCAAGCAACUUCCUCCUUGUCGAAAUGCUGAAUGCCUCCAACGAACCCAGCAAUGAGAUUGCUCUCGCCGUCUACGAACAACUCGCCGAGUCUCGCGGUGUAGUCGUCCGUUUCCGUGGCAAGGAGUUGGGUUGUUUGGGUUGUCUGCGCAUCACCGUCGGCACCGAAGACGAAGUCACCAGAUUCUUGCGGGAGCUCGCUUCUGUACUGGAAACAGUGAGAAACGACCAAAGUGGCCAGAAGCUCGACAAGAGCGAGCAAAAACAGAGGACAAGGCAGAGGAACAGGCUAACGAUG